UCUGGCUUAGUUCUGCCUGUGCCCUUGGUUGGAGUCGGGUCUGUGGUGUUGUCUGGAGUGUGGCUUCAUACCUUGUUCUGCUUUGGAAAGGUUUUGGGUUGUUGUACGGGUGGGGCUGAGAGCAGGAUUGACAGUUAGUUGACUUUGGGCUCCUGGAUGAUGUCGUUAGUGCAAGGCCUCUGUCUAUGUUUUGGCUUACCCCUGCUGUUAAAUCCAGGUACACCAGCAUCCAAGAGAGGAAGAAGUCCAAAGGCAGCAUCCUCCCCAGCCAGUUUUGUUCUAGGCGUCUGUCUGUCUUACGUCCACUCUGGGAGUGGUGCCUGUGAAGAAUGACAUCGAGAGGAGCCGGGACUGCUUUCUCGAGGAAGAACUACAGGCUGAGCACCGCGCCAGAGAAGUCCAAGGUCACAGGGAUCGUGAACAGUAGGCUGCUGAAUGAUUAUCUGCAUCGUGUCUUUACCAGUGCUGAUGGGAACCAGCCUGCAGCUGCUUACAGAAAGCACCUGACGUUCCAAAACCUGCAGGAGCACCUUGACCGGUUACUAGCAGAGAAGAGUGGCUCUGAAGACAGUCGAGACCAGGUAGCAGAGGGCCGGCUUGGUCCCUCUACUGUGGUGUUGGACCACACAAGCGGUUUUGAGGGGCUCCUGCUGGUGGAUGAUGACUUACUUGGGGUGAUUGGCCACAGUAACUUUGGGUCCAUCAGGGCCACGACGUGCGUGUAUAAAGGGAAAUGGAUUUACGAGGUGCUCAUCUCCUCCCAGGGACUCAUGCAGAUUGGCUGGUGUACUCUCAACUGCAGAUUUAAUCAGGAGGAAGGAGUUGGAGAUACACCAGAUUCAUAUGCAUAUGAUGGAAACAGGGUGCGGAAGUGGAACGUUACUACUACCAACUAUGGCAAAUCUUGGGCAGCAGGAGACAUCGUCAGCUGUCUGAUAGACCUUGAUGAGGGCACCAUUGCUUUCUGCUUGAACGGCAUAUCUCUGGGGACUGCUUUUGAUAACAUCACGAGAGGUGCUGGAAUGGCUUACUUCCCUGCCAUCAGCCUCUCAUUCAAAGAGUCUGUGGCUUUUAACUUUGGAAGCCGUCCACUCCGUUAUCCAGUGGAAGGUUACUGCCCUUUGCAAGAUCCUCCUGUUGCAGACCUAGUGAAGGCUCACAAGCUGCUAGGCUACUUGAAGAAUGUGAUCCAUAUUGGAAUAGAUGUGACAGAGGGGAAGCUGGUGGAGAAGGACACGUCCAUGUGGCAGCUGCAGGGAGAACCCACAGUGCUGAUUACAUUAGCCCACAUAUUCAAUUAUUUCUCCCCUCUUCUGUGCAAGGUGUAUCUGGUGGAAGAUGUGCUCAUGACCUUCCUGUUGAGCAUCCUUGAGCAAGGAGGGGCAGUGGAGGCCCAUCCCCUUAUUCAGCAGCUGCUGGAUCUCAUGUGGCUUCUUAUGGAGGAGUAUGAAGUGCACGAGUGCCUCAAGCAGCUACUGACGUCCCUGCUGCGGGCUUACAGGUUCUCCCCCAUCAUCCCAGACCUGGGAUUACAAAUUCACUACCUCCGGCUCACCAUAGCAGUCUUGAAGCAUGAGAAAUCCAGAAAAUACUUACUCAGCAAUGUUCUCUUCGAUGUGCUCCGUUCUGUUGUGUUCUUCUACAUUAAGAGCCCGCUGCGUGUGGAGGAGGCUGGUUUGCAGGAGCUCAUUCCCACCACGUGGUGGCCAAACCGCUUCACCAAGGAGGGCAAGGAGAGUAAGGAGGUGAAGGAGGAGAGUGCUGAGGAGAGGCUGAGGCGGCGGGCAUAUGAAAGAGGCUGCCAGCGGCUCAAGAAACGCAUUGAAGUGGUGGAAGGUCUCCAGGUUCAGAUUCUGAAGCUGCUGCUGAACAACAAGGACAGAGGAGGAGGGGAAGCCUCCAGAUACAUCUUCCUAAACAAAUUCCGCAAGUUUCUUCAGGAAAACGCUAGCAAUAGAGGGAACUUGACUGUGUUGUGCCCACCAGAGUACAUGGUGUGCUUCCUGCACCGCCUUAUUGCUGCCCUGCGUUUCUUCUGGGAUGGCCACAAGGCGAAAACCCCGGCCACAGUGAGCAGUGAAGAGGCGUAUGUCCCUCCUCAACUCUUCUAUAAUGGCAAGGUGGAUUAUUUUGACCUUCAGCGACUUGGAGGUCUCCUGUCUCAUCUUAAGAAGACUCUGAAAGAUGACCUGGCUGCAAAAGCCAAUGUCGUGAUUGACCCUGCGGAGCUGCAGGCAGUGACUAUGGACGAUCUCGAUGAAGAUGAGGAAUCAGCAACAUCAGCAGCACAAUCUCAGCGUCCCUCUGCCACCCUGGCCAUUGGAGGAGCUCUUGCCAGACCUGGCUGGCUCAGCUCCCCCACUUUGGGCCGUGCCAACCGCUUCCUCAGCACAGCAGCCGUCAGCCUGAUGAACCCGCGGCGGCCUCUUGGAGCUCUGGAGAAGAUCAAAGUGCGCACACUAAGUGUGGAGCAGCGCACAGAGGAGGACAUUGAAGGCAGCCAUGGAAACGAGGGUCUCUUACUGGGCAAACCCCCAGAGGAGCCAGAUCAGCCCAUCACAGAGAACUCCCUCCUGGAAGUCCUGGAUGGGAUAAUCAUGAUGUACAACCUCAGUGUCCACCAGCAGCUUGGGAAGAUGGUUGGUGUGUCAGAUGAUGUGAAUGAAUAUGCCAUGGCACUGAAAGACACAGAGGAAAAAAUCAGCCGCUGCCCAAAGAGGAGGAGAGACAUCCAUGAGGAACUGCUGAAGAGCCAAAAGGUUUUCUCUGAGAAGCUGAAUCACCUAAGCCGACGCCUUGCUUGGAUAAAUGUCACCAUUUAUUCAAAGGAAAAGAUGCAGGAUGUAUAUUGGCUGCUGCAAGUGUGCAUCCGCACCAUUGAGCACGGUGACAGGACAGGCUCACUUUUCGCUUUCAUGCCGGAGUUCUACCUCAGUGUGGCUAUGAACAGCUACAGCGCACUCAAGAACUACUUUAGCCCUGUAAACAGCAUGGAGGAACUUCCAGGCUACGAGGAGACCCUGAUGCGCCUCGCUGCCAUCCUGGCCAAGCAUUUUGCUGACUCAAGGAUUGUGGGCACAGACAUCCGGGACUCCCUGAUGCAGGCGUUGGCCAGCUACGUCUGCUACCCUCACUCGCUGCGUGCUGUAGAGAGGAUCCCAGAAGAGCAGCGGAUCUCAAUGAUGAAGAACCUCCUGGCUCCCUAUGAGCAGCGACCCUGGGCACAGACCAACUGGAUCCUCGUCAGGCUGUGGCGGGGCUGUGGCUUUGGGUACAGAUACACACGGCUUCCACACCUGUUGAAAACCAAGCCUGAGGAUGCCAGCCUCCCCAGCCUGCAGAAGCCAUGUCCCUCCACCUUGCUGCAGCGGCACAUGGCAGAUCUGCUCAGCAGUGACCGUGACCUGGCCCCCAGCUUCCUCAACAGUGUCCUCAACCAGCUGAACUGGGCUUUCUCUGAGUUCAUCGGCAUGAUUCAGGAGAUCCAGCAGGCAGCAGAGCGCUUGGAGAGGAACUUUGUGGACAGCCGCCAGCUGAAAGUGUGUGCUACCUGCUUUGACCUGUCAGUGAGCUUGCUCAGGGUGCUGGAGAUGACCAUCACGCUGGCGCCAGAGAUCUUCCUUGACUGGAAUCGCCCAUCAUCAGAGCUGCUGCUUCGGAGGCUUGCCCAGCUCUUGAACCAGGUGCUGAACCGUGUGACAGCUGAAAGGAACUUGUUUGACAGAGUGGUCAACCUCCGUCUGCCAGGGCUGGAGAGCGUGGACCAUUACCCAAUCCUUGUGGCCGUGACGGGGAUACUGGUCCGGCUGCUUGUGGACACUGAUGCUCAAGGGGCCGAGCGUGCGACGGCAGUGCUGCUGGCGGACCCCUGCUUCCAGCUGCGCUCCAUCCAGUACCUGCUGGGCCACGCCGAGCCCUCUGCCUUGGCAGCCACUGCCCCGGCCACUGACAAGCGGCAUUUCUCCCUACACACCUACACAGAUUAUAUCAGUACUGAGGAGUUGGUGAAGGUGGACAAGAUGCUGAGCCACCUGAGCGAGGAGUCCAAGCAGGCAGCUGCCACCACACUGCCCACCAGCGAGGAAGACUUGUGCCCUAUCUGCUACGCACACCCCAUCUCAGCCAUCUUCAGACCUUGUUCCCACAAGUCGUGCAAAGCCUGCAUCAACCAGCACCUGAUGAACAACAAGGACUGCUUCUUCUGCAAGGCCACCAUCACAGGGGUGGACGACUUCACCAAGCCAGCCAGCUCGUAGAGCUCAGCCCCACACCAUGGGUUCCCUGCCACACGUUGGCUUCUCCCCAAAUGUGCUGCCUAGAGCACGGGGGCUGCAGCAUGGGGCUGGGGGCUGCAGGGAGGGAGAGGCUGAUGGCAGGGGGGUGCAGCAUUCCCCUGUCCAGCGUCUGGACUGCAGCAGCCCCCCUGCCCCAUGGGCCAUUCUCAGGGAGGGGAGCCUGAGGCCUCAGCUCUGCAGCAGUACUGGGAACAUGCAGCAGUCCCAGGCCAGGGCAGGGGGCCAGGCUGGGCGUUCGGGCUGUUACCUUGCCCCUGGCUGGGGGCCGAUUUCAUGAAAUGCAGCAUUAAAUUA